AUGUUGACGCAGCAAGGUGAAGACUCAGCAGACGACGCUGAGCUGCUUCUCUGGAAUGUCCUUGAGGAGCUGGCUCCGCGUGCUGCUAGUGCGGCUUCGGACCGUCACGCCGGCGAGCUGCUGGAGGUUUUCUUGCCCAAGAUGAGUGACGCUCAGCUGCGUUUCUUGCUGCACAAGAUGGCAGGCUACGUGAGUCAUUUGUGGACCAACCGCUACUCGUCCCACGUACUGCAAAAUUUGUUCUCGCGUGCCAGUGUCGUAGUGUCUAAAGAAGUGGACGGAGACGAAGACGACAACAAUGACGAUGACGACGAGAGGAUGAAGGAGAUCCCGCCUAUGAGCGACGUCAUCAUCAACAUGGUCAAGGAGGUGGAGAACGAGUGGAUCACUCUGAUGAACGACGUCAGUGCCAGUCACGUCCUGCGCUCUGUGCUCGCAGUACUGGCUGGCAAGCCUCUAGUGCCCGAAAAGCGUGGCAAGAAGGCCAAACACCGAGUCGUCACCUUCACAGAAGCUCGUCCUGGCAAAGACGGAUCAGAGAUUAUCUACGACGUGCCAAAAUCAUUUGAGAAGCUGUUUAAAGAGCUGCUGGCUGUGCUGAUCGAGAGCUCAACACAUGAGCUGCAGAACUUGCUGUACGACCAGAACUCGGGUCCUCUGAUUGCCUCAGCGCUGAAGCUGGCACCUUCGAAGAGCCGGCGGAAAUUAGCAGAACGCAUUCUGCAGUGGGAGGACGAGGACGCGUGCGAACGUGGCUUCUAUGACUUGGCAGCCGAUGCCGUGACCAGCCACUUGCUGGAGUCUCUGUUCGAAAGUGCCAGCGACAAGUUCUUCCCCAAGGUAUUCGAGCGCUGCGUGCGCGGCAAGAUGCUGCAGCUGGCUGAGCACAACAUCGCCAAUUACGUGGUGCAGCAUGUCAUUAAGCUCGUGCGUACCGAGACGCUAGCGUUGGAAGUACUGGAGGAACUGGAGGCUUCUCUGUGGACGCUACUGACCAUGGGCCGUCCUGGUGUCAUUUGGCGUGUAGUGGAGAUGUGUGUCAAGUUCAAACUGCGCCAGAAGGAAGUCUUUGAGUCGCUCGUGAGCGCUGUGAACAAGCAGGAGAGCAAGAAACCCGACGCAGUUCGUAAGAACUUCGUGGCGUCACUGCUCAGUGUGCAGCUGUCGACGUCUGCUACGUCGGCCAAAGUGCAAUUGAACGUCAUGGGCGCGAAGAUUAUCGAGCAGAUGCAGCAGUUGGAAGCUGGCGAUUACUUGACGCCGCUGUAUAAGGGCAUUCUCUCGUUCAACUCUGUACAGCUCAUGGCCUUAGCGAAGGACUCGACUGGCAGUCGCUGCAUUGUAGAGCCCAUUUGGGAGUCGAAAGACCCCAGCACAGCGUGGGUUCGAGAGGAGCUGUACCAGCGAUUCGUGGGCAAGUUCGGCACGCUGGCUACGGAUCGUCUGGGUGCUUUCUCGGUCAUGAAGUGCUAUGAAGACCUGCCACUGGACAAGAAGGAGGCCGUCGUGCACGAACUCCUCGCAGUGGAGACGCAGCUUAGUGGCAGUCACUUCUCGCAGCUCGUGAUGAAUACGUGUCACUUGUUCGAGUACAAGCAGAGUCGUGAGAAGUGGGAGGCGCUCUACACCAAGCAGCAGAAGAUCGCAGACUUGUUCAAAGAUGUGGUGGAAGGCGACGAGGCGACGAAGGACGGCGUCAAGACACACAAGAAGCACAAGAAGGACAAAAAGUCCAAGAAACGCAAAGCAGCUCAACUCACCGAGGAGGAGGCUGAACAACGCAAGGAGGAGGCUGCCAAGAGUGCGGAUGUGGCUAUGAUUAUGGAUGCGCUGCGGAGUGGCGCUGCUGACAAGGACAACAAGACCAAGAAGAGCAAGAAGAGCAAGAAACAUCGAAAUGAGGAAUACUAA